CCCCCGCCCCGCAGCCGCUGUGGCAGCGGCCCCGGCCCCGCUCCCGCCCGCCUGCCGCGGCGGGGAUGCCCGGCGAGCAGCGCCAGGCUCGGCCAGGAUGAAGAAGCAUCACUCCGUGCAGGGCACCUUCAGCCGCCUCUUCGGGAAGCGCCACGCCAGCCCCGCCGCCGCUUCCCUCUUCGCCACCAACCCGCCCUGGAUCUUCACGCAGGAGGUGACCUCGGACAGCGCGGGUGGCACCGGUGAUGUGAUUGAAGUGUAUUAUGGUGACAAUCGCUUUGGGACAGUGACUGACUCUGGCACAGCAACGCUUAAACCUCGUCCAAGAGUCCGGCCGCUGCUGACUUUCUUACCCCUUAAUGCCCAAGAAUCCCACGGGGUGGCUGUGCCAACACCAUCAGUGCCAGAAGACUUUGAGGAAAAGGCAGCUCUUGGUUCUGGCUCCCAGAUCAAUGGGAACUACCGAAUGUACAGCUCGGUGGGGGACCUGCGCCCACAGGCUCUCGAGGGGGAUGACCUGGAUGAAGACAUCCCUCCACCGCCGUCGGUACCCCCACCACCCCCUCCAACAGCACCAGUACCUGCACCACCACCUUCAGCCUCACCGGUCCCUCCACCACCCGAAAUGCUGCCGCCGCCACCACCACCACCCGAGAUGGUGCCGCCACCACCUGAGAUGGUACCACCACCCCCUGCCAUGGCACCUCCACCACCUCCAGCCUCUGCCCUGUCCUCCCCCAGCACACCAGCACCUCCAGACUUCAUUCCACCAGCCCCACCAGGUGCCUCGCCGCUCAGCCGGGCCCCAGCACCCUUCACCACCGGCAUCUCCAAGUGGAAGUCCGAGACAGUGCUGAACACGAGGCAGGCAGAUGCCGAGGGGUCGCUCUGCCCUGCUGAGGCUGGGGUGCCAGCUGCCCCAAAGGAGAGCCUGCAGCCCAAGCACUGUCCUGAGCCCCACCUCACCUUCCCCAGGUCCUUCAAGGUGCCCCCUCCGGCCCCAGCCCGCUCCUCCUCCAUCCCGGUGCAGGAUAGCGAGCCCAUCCGGCAGGAGCCCUUCCCCAGGCAGCCUCACUCCCGGCCUCCCCUCCCGCCCUGCUUCACCAUAAGACCCGCGGCCAAGGCUCGUGCAGGAGGAGAAGCCGAGCAAAGAAGUUCUCCGCUGAGACAGGCCGUCACGAAGCUGGCUGUGCCGACACCUCCGCAGCUGAGCCCCAAGCCGGGUCCAGGGCUCAGCCAUGGGACGAAUCCUGCCAGUCGCCAGUCCCCGCUGCCAGGCUCUGAGAUGGAGAAGGUUCCCCAGCCAAAACCAGCAGAGAGAGACUCUCCUCCAAAAUCCGAAUCUCUCUCUGCCAACGACCUGGACCUCCCUCCUCCAGACUACCCGACCUGUGAGAACGACUGGAGGGACGCCAGCAACCUGAACAGGCUGCGGCAUGAGCUCUCGGCCCUCCUGCGCUCCCCACGGAGGGAGGAGAGGCCACCGGAGAAGCCAGCUGCUCCCCGGCCUGCAGAGAGUGGUACCGACUGUGCCGGCAGCCAUGAAUCCAGUCUCCGUGGGCCCCAGCUUGCCGGACCUGCCAGGAAUGAUGUGCGGUUACCCACAGGAGGGGAGACUGAGAAGAAAGAGGUGCCCAGCAGCCCCCCCACUGCCAAGGGGGGUUCUCCCAGCACGGUGGUCCCCGCUCUGGAGAGUAGCCCUGCUGCACAGACCCGCAGUGUGAUGAAAAUCAGGAACGAGCUGGAAGCUGUGCUGUCCCUGAAGAAAGAAGGGAAACCUGUCCUGGGGUUCAGCAACCAGAAGCAGGGCACCAAGGAUGGUGGCAGCCCCCCUGACGCGAGGAAGAGCCCCCCUGACGCGAGGAAGAGCCCCCCUGACGCGAGGAAGAGCCCCCCUGACGCAGGUGAAUCGGUGCUGCCAAAACCAGCCCCAAGUCCUCUCCCAGCACCAGCGGCUGUGGUGGAGAAGGAUGAUACGGGACAUGAGGACCAUCCUGCUCCUGUCACUAGCAAGGCCACAGAGAACUUGAUGCCUGCUCCUGGAUCCCUCAACAGCAGCAUGAGCCCCCCAGACACACCUCAGGGACCGGUGGAGGAGUCCCCUGUUCCCACCUCCCCCUCGCCCCCCAUUUCUCCUGCGCAGAGCCCAGCACCGCAGCCCAACGCGGCCAUCUUCCAGUACAAAGUGCACCGGGCUGGGGCCAGCUCGGCCAAACCGCCCUGUGCCUCAAGCUCAGCCAAACCACCCUGCCCCACAAGCUCAGCCAGAAGCCCACCGGGCACCUCAGGAGUGGGGCAAGAGGAGGUGCUGAUCCACCCUGUGACAGGUGAGCGGGUGGAGCGGGGGUCCCCCAUGGCACUGCUCCUGGCAGCCCGGCAGCGCGCCCAGCGGGGCCGGCAGGGCGGUGAGGUGGGAGCCGUACCGCGGGCAAAGCCACCCCUGAAACUCGGCAGCGCCUCGUCAGACACCACCUCCACCAGCUUCUACCGCCACGAGUCCAAGCCCUACUCCUUCACUGUGGUGCCCCGGCCGCCUGGGGCAGGUACGGCAGGGGCAGGACGGAGCAAACCCCCAUCCUUCUCCAGCUCCUCGGAGCAGGGCCAGGAUGCACGGGCAGUGGGUGAGGCGCAGCCCCCGAGCCUCCCUGGGCACCGGCGGGCUGCUGCCUCCAGCCUGCUGCGGGGCCUCCUCGAAUCCAGGCAGCUGAACCAGCCUGGGCCGCCCCGCCAUGGCGUGCCCAAGGAGGAGGAGGAGAAUGGGGAGACGGCGCUGGACUAUGGGAUUAUCCCUCCGCCUCCUGAAUUCAGCAACGAUGAGGUAGAUGAUGCUGAGAGAUCCCUCCCAAGUCAGGAGGAGAACUGCAAGUGCCCCAGCUUCCCCGACUCCAGCCGGGGCUCGGAGGCGCCGCGGUACUUCAGGUGGCCUGGCUACGGUCGCGGCUAUGGGGCCAGCCGUGAGCUGCCAGCCCCGCUGCCCUCCGAGAAGAGCAGGAGGAAUGGCGACUUCACACCCCAGUACCCAGAUUACAGCAGCUCUGCCGGUUACUUCAGCCGCUGCCCAAACCCCCGCCCACUUAUCAAGAAGCGCCUGUACGUCUCUGAGCCCGACAGCUCCUACCCUCGGGCAGCCGCAGCUCCCCGGGGCACGGGUGUCCUCUCUGCCUACAGCCCCGGGGGGUACAGCUCCCCGGCAGGGGAGGGCGUCCGUCGCCUCAGCUCUGCCCACAGGAAUGGCCCCACGAGCGCGCAGGGCAGGCGGACGUCCAUCGAUGCUGCUGGGAAAGCCACGCCGUACAGCAACGCUGGGGCUGACACCAAGUACAAGGGGCAGAAUGGGGAGUUCUCGCCCACCGGUGUGGUGGCAGCCAGCAGACCUGCCCACGGCAGCUCGCAGUACGGCGGACCCACCAACACCUUCACGGUCAGGCCCGGGGCACGGCAGCCCAUCUCCUACGCCUACCAGAGCGGCCACCGAUAGUCUUGUCCGCAGGGCUGCUCCACCGCCUUUGUCCAGCUGGGAAGGGAUGAGGAGGCGCCUGGGUUGGUCCUCUCCUUCUCCACGGGCACCAGGGAUGGUCCCAACCCUGCUUGAAACUACUGACGGAGAAGGCAGAGAGCAAACCUGGGUCUUGGACUCUUCUCAAAAGACUGUCAUGGAGAGUAGUUACUACAGAGGACCGGCUGCUGUCUUGUUACGUGAGCAAACACGGUUUUUCUUCUGUUCCCCCCCGCCGUAUUAUUUUCAAAAUUGCAGCCUGAUAGGUCUUCUAAGAAAGUCAAAAAGCAUCCUUAGUUCUCUUGAAAGAGCAUCACCACUAGAGAGAUUGUUUUCAGUUUAUUUUGUUUGGUUUAAAUCCAACAUGCUUGGGAGUAGGGAGAAACUAGCUGGGAAAUGUGUGUAAUGGAAGCAAGCCAGCGUAUAGCUAAAUGUAGGGGAAUUAGAAUAAGACUGUGAGGCCAAUUGGAUAGAAAUAGAGUUUAGGAUGUUUAGAUCCUAACCUCCUCUGUCCCCACCUCCUUCAACAGCCUUGAGCAAAUCAAUUAUGCCGAUGCCUUAAAACCAGCUCCUGGCUUUCAGUGCCUGUCCCAACGAGCCAGGGGCAGCUCCACCGCGAAGGUCUGAGCCCCCUUCUCCAGGGAGUGACCAUGGGGGGCAGCGGCUUCGGGAGCGCAGACCCUCGCUUUCCUGCUCCUUUUGGUCACUGUAAAUGUUUCUGUUGGUAAUUAUUCCUCAUUGAAGAAGGCUGAGAGCCCUGGAUGGAUGGCUGUAAAGCACUUUGGAGGCUUAAGACAUUGAGCGAUCCUUCUUUUCUUGUGUCAGCUGGUGGGCGUCAGCGACUCACCAAGGUGCUGUGCUGGUGGUGCUUUCCUCCAGGGCUCUCCUGCUACUUUGGACCAACUUAAACCCCCACCUCUAAAAACCAAGCCUAGGAGCCCUUAUAAACUGUUAUACUGAGACUUGGCUUUAGUCUGUCUCAUUUGGGGGACUAAGCAGCUAAAUUUCAGCGUGAUUUGUAGAGUAUUUAACGCUCCUGGCGUGUGGAAAGUCUACAGUGACGUACCUAAGGGACCUGGCUCCCGCUGGUUCCAUAAGCGCUUGUCUGGGUGCUGGGUGUGCGUGCGAGCAUGUCCCUGCUACGUGGUGGGGCAGGAGAGAUGAGCAGCCUUAAAGGGGUUAUUUUGUACUACGGAGCGAGCAGUACAGUCUCACAAUAGCUGACCAAAGCUUUGAAUAGCCAACUUCCUGGAAUUAGAAAUAUGUAACUUUCCUCGUAAGUAAACUUGCUGAAAGUCACUGUAAGAUAAGUGUAAAAACUUGUAGAGAAUGUUUUCUAAUCACUGACGAACUACAAGCACUUUGAGACAUUAGUCUAUUUUUAUAGGAAGCACUUUCUAUUUUCAAUACUAUACAAUAUCAUUCGUUCCACUCCAGCUUAUCCUGUGUCGCACGCAUGUGUGUAUGUGUGCAUGUAAGCAGAUUUUACUCUACAAUUCAACUCAAAAUUCAGUGAUAAAUCUUCCUUCACAGUGGAAUUCUCAAGAGUUAUCUGGAUAUUAAUGUAUGUCUUUGACGUUCUACGUUUCAUGUUAUUUCCAACUUUAUCUAAUAAUUUAACAGCUGUUUCAAAUAUUGCAGCAGCUUCAAAGUAUUCUGAACUUUACUUUGCUGUGAAUAAAAUGAAAAAGCAAGUACCAUAAUCGGUCUGAUAGCUAAUUCAAAUGGCGUUUUUAUGCCAGUGAGUUGCAGUGACUUGGAAGACUUCUGGACGUGCUCACCCCAGCCAGUAUUGAAAUAACACAUUUUAAAUAUCUGGGUGUUGGUUUCUAAAAAAUCUUUAUAGAGAAAAGAGACUAUGGAGUAACUAUCUGGGUAUUUAAGUGUGCCACUGUCAUGUAGAAUAUUUCCCCCCCCCUUAAAACAUGGCAGUUCCUCCAUGCGAGGAGCAUCUUAAGGAUUCUUAUUUAUCUAUAGAAGUAAAGCCGUGAUCCUGUUUGAGUGGCUUCAGGGUUACAUUUUAGUAUUGGAUGAAGUUUCACCAGUUUAACUUGAAACAAAACAAAGAAGCCUCUCUGGUAAUAUUGCAACCCAAUUCUUUUUAUUUCCUGAUACUUUUUUCAAAAUAAUAAGUUAUAAGUGCAAAUUAAUUCACAAAAGCAGUUUUAAAUUUAAAGGCUUGUUGGGAAACUUCGGUCUUCAAGAUUGACUUUGCCCAGAAAUGGGGGGGGAUAUGCACAAUUUCCUCCCUCAAGAAUUCUCCUAAAUUUGAGUGUAUCUCCAACAUAAGUUUUGGGUUUUUUAGAGCAAAAUGUGAAACGCCAAUGGUGGCACUUGCUUUGAAUUUCACACUUGCUAUUCCACCCAGACACGCAAUUCAUGUGCGGUUGUAACAUGGUGUUACAUAGUGUGGAGUGUCCUGUUUCUAGCAGAGGUGUAUGUUUAUAUGAAAUGUUAGAAGCAUGAUAAUUCAAGUCAGUUUUAUGAAAUAGCCAUUAUUCAUUCAAAGAAGCCCCAUUCUGGGAAUGCAUAGUGGACUAAGCUGCAACUACAUC